AUGGUUGUUGAUUUGAUUCGUCUGUCGGACCAGUUCCCUCAGGAGGACCCUAUAAUUGCUAACACCACUACAGAUGAUGCAGCACAAUACGAUGACUAUGGUUUGGUUUCUCGUGGUUACCUCUCGAGACCAUCAUUAGACCACCUAGAUGCACUCAAGUCUGGAGAGCCCUACGAGACUAUAACGACUCGAGGAGAUAGGGAGCAUGCCUUGGUUGUUGUUGUUGUUGUCCAGAUACUGUCGGUUGAUGAUGAUCCUAUUAACCAGAUAGUCAUCGCUACUGUGUUGGAAUCUGCGGAAUUUGUGGUACAUCAGGCCAUGGAUGGUUUCGAGGCAUUACAAUACAUGGCCAAUACCACAACUCUGCCAGAUCUUAUUCUACUCGAUGUUAUGAUGCCGGGUGAGUUCUUUAAUCUCGAAUGCAAUGAUCGAUUGGUUCGGUACACUGUUGUCAACGGCAGUGUGGUCUGA